CUCUUUAUUUUGUAGCUGUUUGUUUCUCAGUCGAGCACUCAACAGACAACAAUAAACAGCAGAAAAAUAAAAAAGAGGAAGAAGAAGAAGAUGAGCAGCAUCGGAACAGGUUACGAUCUCUCCGUCACCACAUUCUCCCCCGACGGCCGGGUCUUUCAGAUCGAGUACGCCGCCAAAGCCGUCGACAACUCCGGGACUGUUAUUGGGAUCAAAUGUAAGGACGGCGUUGUUAUGGGUGUGGAAAAGCUCAUAGCGUCGAAGAUGAUGCUGCCCGGUUCCAAUAGAAGGAUUCAUUCAGUCCAUCGCCACUCCGGGAUGGCAGUGGCAGGAUUAGCUGCGGAUGGUAGGCAAAUUGUUGCUAGGACCAAGUCUGAAGCUACCAACUAUGAAAGUGUGUAUGGUGAACAGAUUCCUGUUAAGGAACUUGCUGAACGUAUUGCUAGUUAUGUGCAUUUGUGUACACUAUAUUGGUGGCUCAGACCAUUUGGAUGUGGGAUAAUCCUUGGUGGUUAUGACAGAGAUGGGCCGCAAUUAUACAUGGUUGAACCUUCUGGUGUUUCUUAUAGGUAUUUUGGUGCUGCAAUUGGAAAAGGCAGGCAGGCUGCUAAGACAGAGAUUGAAAAGUUGAAGCUUUCAGAGUUGACUUGUCGGCAAGGCGUUAUUGAAGUAGCCAAGAUCAUUUAUGGAAUUCAUGAUGAGGCAAAGGACAAGGAGUUUGAGUUAGAAAUGAGCUGGGUCUGUGAUGAAUCAAACCGUCUGCAUCAGAAGGUUCCGGAUGAGCUUCUAGAGGAAGCAAAGGCAGCGGCUAAAGCAGCAUUGGAAGAAAUGGAUGCAGAUUAAGAAGCCGAUGAAAUAAUGUGUAGGUAUUCUGAAACCCUACUAGAAGAACAUCAACAGAAAAGGGUUACUGAGAUAAGAUUGAUGGAUUUUCAUUAGCCAACUUGGGCUGCUGUAGUAUUUCGUGUACGUUAAAACGUUCAAUUUACCAACGUUGUGGUGCAAACCGCAUCUGUAGGAUGUUUGAGAAACAGAGUUUCACUUACAUUAUAAUGCACAUUCUCCUUUUGAACUGCUGAA